UGGAAAAAUUGUUCUCAAAAGAUGUGCGCCUAAAAAUCGACUACGCAGCACGCCACGCAACAAACGAACACAUCUAACAAACCAAACGCUGCCAUUCAAGAUUAACGCAACACUGCAACGUCAACGCAACGGUGGAGGAGGAGGAGGCGGGCAUGUAUUAGCUACCGCCCACACCACCACCACGACACCGGCGGCAACAACACUAUUACUGCAAGCAACAACAACAACAACAGUAGCAGCAGCCGCUACUAUUGCGUCAAGUACAGCUGACAGACCAAUAACAACAGCAGACACAUGUGUUGUAAAACAACAAGAACAACAACAACAACAAAUACAAACACAACAACAGCAGCAAUAUCACACACAACGCCAUUUAGCGUUAUUGGUGCGCAGUAGCAGCAGAUUUGCUGCUGCCGCUGCCACAGUCGCCGCCGCCAUUUUUGCUGCUGCCAGCGUAGCGUGCGCUGGCAUUUUGGCGGGCGCCACAACCACACCCACCCCCGCCAACGCCGCUGCCGCCACAGCCGCUUCAUCAUCCUCAACGGCGGCCAAUUCGUCCUCAUCACAUGACAACAGUACAAAUGAUCAUAGCGUCGGUGUGAGUGCGCCAACUGCGGCCAAGACAAUCAGUCGCAGCAGCAGCAACAACAGCGGCGGCGUCGUCGUCGUCGUAAACGCAAUUCCUCAGCAAUCGCAACAGAGUUUAGUUGCUGCUGAAUUCUAUACAAUACAGCGGACAGGCAUAUCGGCGUCAUGUGACAAGCAUAACGGUAAUCGAACUCGUUGUAGAAAAAAGUAUCGUGUACGCGAUCGCGGUCGUGUUCGUUGGCGUUCGGCAUAUGCGAGUAGUGUUAGUGACAGUGUGAGUGCGCGUGUUAAUGAGUUGUGCAUCGAAGGUGACAACGACGUGAACGACGUUGAGCGGCGAUCAAAGCGUUACGAGCGCAAAAUUGGCACAAGGCUGCGAUUUGUAGGCGAUGCAACGUUUUGCGGAAGAAGUGGGUGGACCUGGCCUAAGAUGGGGAGCGUGCUAUUCACAGCUGUGUUCAUAGCGUUACAUUUUGCCACCGGCGGCCUGGCCAACCCAGAUGCGAAACGUUUAUACGACGAUCUUUUAAGCAAUUACAAUCGUUUAAUCAGGCCAGUUGGCAAUAAUUCCGAUCGUUUAACGGUCAAAAUGGGUCUACGACUAUCGCAGUUAAUUGAUGUUAAUUUGAAAAAUCAAAUCAUGACGACGAACGUGUGGGUGGAACAGGAAUGGAAUGACUACAAAUUAAAAUGGAAUCCAGAUGAUUAUGGUGGUGUGGACACUUUACACGUGCCAUCCGAACACAUUUGGCUGCCGGAUAUUGUGCUAUAUAAUAAUGCUGACGGCAAUUACGAAGUGACAAUAAUGACAAAAGCAAUUUUACAUCACACCGGCAAAGUGGUGUGGAAGCCGCCCGCCAUUUACAAAUCAUUUUGCGAAAUCGAUGUCGAAUAUUUUCCAUUCGAUGAGCAGACGUGUUUCAUGAAAUUCGGCUCAUGGACAUAUGAUGGUUAUAUGGUGGAUCUGCGACAUUUGAAACAAACAGCCGAUUCAGAUAACAUCGAAGUGGGUAUCGAUCUGCAGGACUACUACAUCUCCGUGGAGUGGGAUAUAAUGCGUGUGCCGGCGGUGCGUAAUGAGAAAUUCUAUAGUUGUUGUGAAGAGCCAUAUUUGGAUAUCGUUUUCAAUUUGACGUUGCGUCGCAAAACACUCUUCUACACUGUCAAUCUAAUCAUACCAUGUGUGGGUAUCUCAUUCCUAUCGGUGUUGGUCUUCUAUUUACCGAGCGAUUCCGGCGAGAAGAUCUCACUUUGUAUUAGCAUUUUGCUAUCAUUGACUGUGUUUUUUCUCCUGCUUGCCGAAAUUAUACCGCCAACAUCACUGACGGUGCCGUUAUUGGGCAAAUAUUUGCUCUUCACUAUGAUGUUGGUGACGUUGUCGGUUGUGGUCACCAUUGCGGUGCUUAAUGUUAACUUUAGAUCGCCUGUGACGCAUAAAAUGGCGCCAUGGGUACAGCGUUUAUUUAUACAAAUUUUACCCAAACUCCUUUGCAUAGAACGACCGAAAAAAGACGAAGCUAAUGAAGACGAUCAACCGCCCGAAGUGCUAACCGAUGUGUUCCAUUUGCCACCGGAUGUGGAUAAAUUCGUGAAUUACGAUUCGAAGCGAUUUAGUGGUGAUUAUGGUAUACCAGCACUUCCUGCCUCACAUCGUUUCGAUUUGGCUGCCGCGGGCGGCAUAGCGCCCUGUUUCGGAGAUCCGCCCCUACCCUCAGCACUGCCACUACCCGGCGCCGAUGAUGACCUCUUCAGUCCAUCGGGCAAUGGGGAUAUCAGUCCCGGCUGUUGUCAUGCCGAUCUGAGUCCGACUUUCGACAAGCCGUACAUGCGUGAAAUGGAGAAGACAAUCGAGGGCUCACGAUUCAUAGCGCAACAUGUAAAAAACAAGGAUAAAUUUGAGAGCGUGGAAGAAGAUUGGAAAUAUGUUGCCAUGGUAUUGGAUCGUCUAUUCCUGUGGAUCUUCGCGAUUGCAUGUGUGGUCGGCACAGCGCUGAUUAUCCUGCAAGCGCCCAGUUUGUACGAUCAAUCACAACCGAUCGAUAUUUUAUAUUCGAAAAUCGCUAAGAAGAAGUUCGAACUGCUAAAAAUGGGCAGUGAGAAUAGCUUAUAGCGACCGC